AUGCCUUUACCUUCGAGGGAGGUCCUGACCCUCCGUUUGAUUUUCGACUGUGAUGGAGACGAAGAGGAAGAACAGGAUGAAAUUCUCAAAGAUCCCUCAGAUCCCUCUCCGCUGCUGCGCCUGCCCGUUGAGCUUCGCCUCAAGAUCCUCCGCUACCUCCUGCGCAUAGAUCGCAACCGCAAGGCCCAUACUCGCCGCCCGCCGCAGCACAGCAUCUCCGAACUGCUCUACUUGAAUCCGAGGCGUAUUCUCGAGGCCGCACCCUUCAAACACAAGGGAAAUCAAGAGAUCAAUGGAAGUCCGCCGGUCAUAACUAGCUGCCACCUGCACCCCGCCAUUCUGAAGACAUGUAAACAGCUGUACUUGGAGGGCAAGACAGUGUUGUACAUGGAGAACAAGGUGGUUGGUCUACAGUCGGGCAUCAGAGGGCUCGGUGCGAAGCUGAGGAACUACGGCAUCCCAGUCUUUGGGCCCUUCCCGUCGUCCAGGCUGAUUAGCGUCCCAUAUGAUCCGUCGCAGCCUUACGAGUCCAGAUUUGACCCCGUCAUGCUGUUCAGUGGUGGCAACACCAAGCCGGAUGCUCCCUUCUAUAUUUGCAGCUACAAGGACUCGGCGGAUUUCAUGCAUGCUCUUUGGAUCAUGGUCAAAUGUCCUUUUGCGCGGGGCAUGGGAUACAACCUGUCACUAUCGGCAGAGACACGAUAUUGUUAUCGAACUGACAGUUUUGUAAAAUUUGCUGUGUUGCCAUGGCUGCAUACCCACAUCAACUCGAUCAGCAUUCAUAGUCCUGCCCCAGAGACGAUAGCAGAAGGCAAGACACAAGUAACAUCUGACUCGUGCAACAGCCGAGUCACGGGUCUUCGUGACGAGCUUGCGAAACAUGUCCUCGCCAACAAAAACGAGCCCAACCUCCACACCUACAAAGCCAUCUGUGCGUAUCUUGAGCAGGUGCUGCUACAAGGCGAGAUUUGCGUUGAUCAAGGGAAUUUUGUCAGUGGCGAGCUACUUUUCGAGCGGGUGUGUUAUGAGGCUUCCAGCAUUGUACGCACCAGAACAAGCAAACUGGUGGAUGUGUCUUCGAAGAGCAAGGAUGGCAUCAAUCGCGUGUGCAAGCUGAUUGCCGUCAGUGCGUACAGGCUGUGUGAGCUUCGCAGCGGCGCUUUAGCACGGCUCAUAUCCAAAAGACUGCAGAGUUUACCGGCAAAAGGAACGGCUGCUCCUGAGCUCAUACGCUGUGACAACUAUCAACCCCCCGAGAUUUCAAAUCACGAAGAUGGUCAAUCUCUGGACGAUUCUGCGUCGGCUACCCACGAAGACACCUCAUCCAUCGCAUCAACCUCCGAGGCGCGAACGAGCAUCGGUAGCGAAAGCGGCAAGAUGCCUGAGGACAUCUCCACAGGCCAUCAACCUGAACAAACACAGACAACAACGACAGUCUCAACCCCAUCACCGACAUGUAUCAUUCCAAGAACGACUCGUCUUGAGCCGCAACUGGCCCGCGACCUUGCCCUUACCAGCGGUCUUCUGGCACUACGUCUGCCAUGUGCGUCGCCUGUGCCGGAAUGGAAUAUUCGUCUAGACAUAAUGCUUCUGCGGCUUUUUGCUGAGAGGAAUGACACGACCAACGCCGUUUGGAGCAUUCGUCGUAUUCAUAAUAAUGGCACGGCCGAAUUACAGGGUAUGAAACAGAAAAACAAGACGGGCGACAAGAAGUGGCAGGCCUUAAGCGACUUGGUGCAAGAUUUGGCACAGCAGCUGCUGCCGUGUGCUGUCAGAGGUUCCUUCUUCGACACGGCAGAAAAAUGGUUUUAA